AUGUCCACUCUCCUGGAAAACAUCACUUCCAUGAUUGACAUAUUCCAGCAAUACUCAAACAAUGAUAAGGAAACAGAAACACUGAGCAAAAAGGAGCUGAAGGAACUUCUGGAAAUAGAAUUACGGGCAGUUCUGAAGAAUCCAGAUGAUGAAGAUAUUGCAGAUGUCUUCAUGCAAAUCCUGGAUGUAGACCAUAAUGAGAAAAUAGAUUUCACUGAGUAUUUACUGCUGGUGUUGAAGUUAGCUCAAGCAUAUUAUGAAUCAUCUCGCAACAAAAGUUUGCAAACGGGAUCCAAGAGAAGAAGAAAAGAACAUUAUAAACAAGUAGAGGAGGAUGGAGAAGAAGAAGAAGAAGAAAGAAGACAAAGACACAGAAGAACUGACGGAAAGCAAAAUAAAGAAAGAUCGAAAAGUCCCAGAGGAAGAGGGAAAGAAAGACAUGGAUCAAGCAGUAGAAAACAGGAGAGGGACACAAAUAACCAUGGAGAAACAGAAAAACAUGGGAAACAUCACAGUUCAAAUAGAAAGCAUCGGGGAGGUUCUAAUUCGACGGAAAGAAGAGACAGCAAAGGAAAGCAAAAUAGAAGAACAAAGAAAACAAACGAAAAAAAAUAUGAUGUUGUGAAAGAUGAAAAUACAAAUUAUGAAGAAAGGGUUAAAAACAGAGGAGAUUAUUACUACGAAAAAGAGAAUGUCCAAGAAGAACAAGAAAAUGAAAGAAGCUCAAACAGGCAAAAAACUGGACAUCAAGUCUCUACAGACAGGUCCAGGCAGUCCGGCCACAGAGAAACAGCAAGAGGCCAUGCAAGUGGACACGAACAGUCUACAGACAGGUCCAGGCAGUCCGGCUCCCGGCAGAGAAGCGAGUCCUCCCAAAGACAUGCUGACUCUCCCAGGGGCACCACCAGAACAGGCUCCCGAGGGAGACAGGAGUCCCCAGCUGGCCACCAGUCACCAGAUGGACCCAGGCAUUCCACAUCAAGGAGGGAGAGACACCAGAGGGACAGCACCAGCCAGGACAGUGACAGCGAAAGCCAUUCUGAAGGCUCAGAAGGCCAGGCAGUGGGAGCCCGUGGUCACUCCGGGGCCAGACAAAGGCACGAGCAGACAUCCUCCCGUGGGGAGAAAGGAACUGGACCCUACAGGGUGUACUACUACUCUGAGGAGGAACACGGCCACUCCGAGUCCGGCCACACACAGCAGCGGUCCAGUGGCAGAGCUCCCCAGGGCGCCCAGCAAGAACAAGGACGGGACAGCGCCAGGACUGGAGGUUCUCACCAAGGACAGACUUCCUCUGGCCACCAGGCAGGGUCCUCCCGUGGACAGACCAGAGACAGUGCUAGAGAGGGUCAGGGGUCCCACCGCGAGGCCGCGAGGGACAGCUCUGAGCACCACCAGUCCAGAAGGGACCAGGCCACCACCCAGGCAACUUCCGGAUCUAGCACCAGAAGGGGCCACGAAGACCGCCAUGAUGGCGCUGGACGCUCAGGAUCCAGGCAAGGCCAGAGAGCCUCCCACACUGAUAGUGAUUCCUCCCAGGGUCAAGUAGGCCACAGGGCCACAGCAGGCAGGCAGCCAACUGGUCGCGAACAGUCUACAGACAGGUCCAGGCAGUCCGGCCACAGAGAAACAGCAAGAGGCCAUGCAAGUGGACACGAACAGUCUACAGACAGGUCCAGGCAGUCUGGCUCCCGGCAGAGAAGCGAGUCCUCCCAAAGACAUGCUGACUCUCCCAGGGGCACCACCAGAACAGGCUCCCGAGGGAGACAGGAGUCCCCAGCUGGCCACCAGUCACCAGAUGGACCCAGGCAUUCCACAUCAAGGAGGGAGAGACACCAGAGGGACAGCACCAGCCAGGCCAGUGACAGCGAAAGCCAUUCUGAAGGCUCAGAAGGCCAGGCAGUGGGAGCCCGUGGUCACUCCGGGGCCAGACAAAGGCACGAGCAGACAUCCUCCCGUGGGGAGAAAGGAACUGGACCCUACAGGGUGUACUACUACUCUGAGGAGGAACACGGCCACUCCGAGUCCGGCCACACACAGCAGCGGUCCAGUGGCAGAGCUCCCCAGGGCGCCCAGCAAGAACAAGGACGGGACAGCGCCAGGACUGGAGGUUCUCACCAAGGACAGACUUCCUCUGGCCACCAGGCAGGGUCCUCCCGUGGACAGACCAGAGACAGUGCUAGAGAGGGUCAGGGGUCCCACCGCGAGGCCGCGAGGGACAGCUCUGAGCACCACCAGUCCAGAAGGGACCAGGCCACCACCCAGGCAACUUCCGGAUCUAGCACCAGAAGGGGCCACGAAGACCGCCAUGAUGGUGCUGGACGCUCAGGAUCCAGGCAAGGCCAGAGAGCCUCCCACACUGAAAGUGAUUCCUCCCAGGGUCAAGUAGGCCACAGGGCCUACUUGGCAGGCAGGCAGCCAACUGGUCGCGAACAGUCUACAGACAGGUCCAGGCAGUCCGGCCACAGAGAAACAGCAAGAGGCCAUGCAAGUGGACACGAACAGUCUACAGACAGGUCCAGGCAGUCCGGCUCCCGGCAGAGAAGCGAGUCCUCCCAAAGACAUGCUGACUCUCCCAGGGGCACCACCAGAACAGGCUCCCGAGGGAGACAGGAGUCCCCAGCUGGCCACCAGUCACCAGAUGGACCCAGGCAUUCCACAUCAAGGAGGGAGAGACACCAGAGGGACAGCACCAGCCAGGCCAGUGACAGCGAAAGCCAUUCUGAAGGCUCAGAAGGCCAGGCAGUGGGAGCCCGUGGUCACUCCGGGGCCAGACAAAGGCACGAGCAGACAUCCUCCCGUGGGGAGAAAGGAACUGGACCCUACAGGGUGUACUACUACUCUGAGGAGGAACACGGCCACUCCGAGUCCGGCCACACACAGCAGCAGUCCAGUGGCAGAGCUCCCCAGGGCGCCCAGCAAGAACAAGGACGGGACAGCGCCAGGACUGGAGGUUCUCACCAAGGACAGACUUCCUCUGGCCACCAGGCAGGGUCCUCCCGUGGACAGACCAGAGACAGUGCUAGAGAGGGUCAGGGGUCCCACCGCGAGGCCGCGAGGGACAGCUCUGAGCACCACCAGUCCAGAAGGGACCAGGCCACCACCCAGGCAACUUCCGGAUCUAGCACCAGAAGGGGCCACGAAGACCGCCAUGAUGGCGCUGGACGCUCAGGAUCCAGGCAAGGCCAGAGAGCCUCCCACACUGAUAGUGAUUCCUCCCAGGGUCAAGUAGGCCACAGGGCCACAGCAGGCAGGCAGCCAACUGGUCGCGAACAGUCUACAGACAGGUCCAGGCAGUCCGGCCACAGAGAAACAGCAAGAGGCCAUGCAAGUGGACACGAACAGUCUACAGACAGGUCCAGGCAGUCCGGCUCCCGGCAGAGAAGCGAGUCCUCCCAAAGACAUGCUGACUCUCCCAGGGGCACCACCAGAACAGGCUCCCGAGGGAGACAGGAGUCCCCAGCUGGCCACCAGUCACCAGAUGGACCCAGGCAUUCCACAUCAAGGAGGGAGAGACACCAGAGGGACAGCACCAGCCAGGCCAGUGACAGCGAAAGCCAUUCUGAAGGCUCAGAAGGCCAGGCAGUGGGAGCCCGUGGUCACUCCGGGGCCAGACAAAGGCACGAGCAGACAUCCUCCCGUGGGGAGAAAGGAACUGGACCCUACAGGGUGUACUACUACUCUGAGGAGGAACACGGCCACUCCGAGUCCGGCCACACACAGCAGCAGUCCAGUGGCAGAGCUCCCCAGGGCGCCCAGCAAGAACAAGGACGGGACAGCGCCAGGACUGGAGGUUCUCACCAAGGACAGACUUCCUCUGGCCACCAGGCAGGGUCCUCCCGUGGACAGACCAGAGACAGUGCUAGAGAGGGUCAGGGGUCCCACCGCGAGGCCGCGAGGGACAGCUCUGAGCACCACCAGUCCAGAAGGGACCAGGCCACCACCCAGGCAACUUCCGGAUCUAGCACCAGAAGGGGCCACGAAGACCUCCAUGAUGGCGCUGGACGCUCAGGAUCCAGGCAAGGCCAGAGAGCCUCCCACACUGAUAGUGAUUCCUCCCAGGGUCAAGUAGGCCACAGGGCCACAGCAGGCAGGCAGCCAACUGGUCGCGAACAGUCUACAGACAGGUCCAGGCAGUCCGGCCACAGAGAAACAGCAAGAGGCCAUGCAAGUGGACACGAACAGUCUACAGACAGGUCCAGGCAGUCCGGCUCCCGGCAGAGAAGCGAGUCCUCCCAAAGACAUGCUGACUCUCCCAGGGGCACCACCAGAACAGGCUCCCGAGGGAGACAGGAGUCCCCAGCUGGCCACCAGUCACCAGAUGGACCCAGGCAUUCCACAUCAAGGAGGGAGAGACACCAGAGGGACAGCACCAGCCAGGCCAGUGACAGCGAAAGCCAUUCUGAAGGCUCAGAAGGCCAGGCAGUGGGAGCCCGUGGUCACUCCGGGGCCAGACAAAGGCACGAGCAGACAUCCUCCCGUGGGGAGAAAGGAACUGGACCCUACAGGGUGUACUACUACUCUGAGGAGGAACACGGCCACUCCGAGUCCGGCCACACACAGCAGCGGUCCAGUGGCAGAGCUCCCCAGGGCGCCCAGCAAGAACAAGGACGGGACAGCGCCAGGACUGGAGGUUCUCACCAAGGACAGACUUCCUCUGGCCACCAGGCAGGGUCCUCCCGUGGACAGACCAGAGACAGUGCUAGAGAGGGUCAGGGGUCCCACCGCGAGGCCGCGAGGGACAGCUCUGAGCACCACCAGUCCAGAAGGGACCAGGCCACCACCCAGGCAACUUCCGGAUCUAGCACCAGAAGGGGCCACGAAGACCGCCAUGAUAGCGCUGGACGCUCAGGAUCCAGGCAAGGCCAGAGAGCCUCCCACACUGAUAGUGAUUCCUCCCAGGGUCAAGUAGGCCACAGGGCCACAGCAGGCAGGCAGCCAACUGGUCGCGAACAGUCUACAGACAGGUCCAGGCAGUCCGGCCACAGAGAAACAGCAAGAGGCCAUGCAAGUGGACACGAACAGUCUACAGACAGGUCCAGGCAGUCUGGCUCCCGGCAGAGAAGCGAGUCCUCCCAAAGACAUGCUGACUCUCCCAGGGGCACCACCAGAACAGGCUCCCGAGGGAGACAGGAGUCCCCAGCUGGCCACCAGUCACCAGAUGGACCCAGGCAUUCCACAUCAAGGAGGGAGAGACACCAGAGGGACAGCACCAGCCAGGCCAGUGACAGCGAAAGCCAUUCUGAAGGCUCAGAAGGCCAGGCAGUGGGAGCCCGUGGUCACUCCGGGGCCAGACAAAGGCACGAGCAGACAUCCUCCCGUGGGGAGAAAGGAACUGGACCCUACAGGGUGUACUACUACUCUGAGGAGGAACACGGCCACUCCGAGUCCGGCCACACACAGCAGCGGUCCAGUGGCAGAGCUCCCCAGGGCGCCCAGCAAGAACAAGGACGGGACAGCGCCAGGACUGGAGGUUCUCACCAAGGACAGACUUCCUCUGGCCACCAGGCAGGGUCCUCCCGUGGACAGACCAGAGACAGUGCUAGAGAGGGUCAGGGGUCCCACCGCGAGGCCGCGAGGGACAGCUCUGAGCACCACCAGUCCAGAAGGGACCAGGCCACCACCCAGGCAACUUCCGGAUCUAGCACCAGAAGGGGCCACGAAGACCGCCAUGAUGGUGCUGGACGCUCAGGAUCCAGGCAAGGCCAGAGAGCCUCCCACACUGAAAGUGAUUCCUCCCAGGGUCAAGUAGGCCACAGGGCCUACUUGGCAGGCAGGCAGCCAACUGGUCGCGAACAGUCUACAGACAGGUCCAGGCAGUCCGGCCACAGAGAAACAGCAAGAGGCCAUGCAAGUGGACACGAACAGUCUACAGACAGGUCCAGGCAGUCCGGCUCCCGGCAGAGAAGCGAGUCCUCCCAAAGACAUGCUGACUCUCCCAGGGGCACCACCAGAACAGGCUCCCGAGGGAGACAGGAGUCCCCAGCUGGCCACCAGUCACCAGAUGGACCCAGGCAUUCCACAUCAAGGAGGGAGAGACACCAGAGGGACAGCACCAGCCAGGCCAGUGACAGCGAAAGCCAUUCUGAAGGCUCAGAAGGCCAGGCAGUGGGAGCCCGUGGUCACUCCGGGGCCAGACAAAGGCACGAGCAGACAUCCUCCCGUGGGGAGAAAGGAACUGGACCCUACAGGGUGUACUACUACUCUGAGGAGGAACACGGCCACUCCGAGUCCGGCCACACACAGCAGCGGUCCAGUGGCAGAGCUCCCCAGGGCGCCCAGCAAGAACAAGGACGGGACAGCGCCAGGACUGGAGGUUCUCACCAAGGACAGACUUCCUCUGACCACCAGGCAGGGUCGUCCCGUGGACAGACCAGAGACAGUGCUAGAGAGGGUCAGGGGUCCCACCGCGAGGCCGCGAGGGACAGCUCUGAGCACCACCAGUCCAGAAGGGACCAGGCCACCACCCAGGCAACUUCCGGAUCUAGCACCAGAAGGGGCCACGAAGACCGCCAUGAUGGUGCUGGACGCUCAGGAUCCAGGCAAGGCCAGAGAGCCUCCCACACUGAAAGUGAUUCCUCCCAGGGUCAAGUAGGCCACAGGGCCACAGCAGGCAGGCAGCCAACUGGUCGCGAACAGUCUACAGACAGGUCCAGGCAGUCCGGCCACAGAGAAACAGCAAGAGGCCAUGCAAGUGGACACGAACAGUCUACAGACAGGUCCAGGCAGUCUGGCUCCCGGCAGAGAAGCGAGUCCUCCCAAAGACAUGCUGACUCUCCCAGGGGCACCACCAGAACAGGCUCCCGAGGGAGACAGGAGUCCCCAGCUGGCCACCAGUCACCAGAUGGACCCAGGCAUUCCACAUCAAGGAGGGAGAGACACCAGAGGGACAGCACCAGCCAGGCCAGUGACAGCGAAAGCCAUUCUGAAGGCUCAGAAGGCCAGGCAGUGGGAGCCCGUGGUCACUCCGGGGCCAGACAAAGGCACGAGCAGACAUCCUCCCGUGGGGAGAAAGGAACUGGACCCUACAGGGUGUACUACUACUCUGAGGAGGAACACGGCCACUCCGAGUCCGGCCACACACAGCAGCGGUCCAGUGGCAGAGCUCCCCAGGGCGCCCAGCAAGAACAAGGACGGGACAGCGCCAGGACUGGAGGUUCUCACCAAGGACAGACUUCCUCUGGCCACCAGGCAGGGUCCUCCCGUGGACAGACCAGAGACAGUGCUAGAGAGGGUCAGGGGUCCCACCGCGAGGCCGCGAGGGACCGCUCUGAGCACCACCAGUCCAGAAGGGACCAGGCCACCACCCAGGCAACUUCCGGAUCUAGCACCAGAAGGGGCCACGAAGACCGCCAUGAUGGCGCUGGACGCUCAGGAUCCAGGCAAGGCCAGAGAGCCUCCCACACUGAUAGUGAUUCCUCCCAGGGUCAAGUAGGCCACAGGGCCACAGCAGGCAGGCAGCCAACUGGUCGCGAACAGUCUACAGACAGGUCCAGGCAGUCCGGCCACAGAGAAACAGCAAGAGGCCAUGCAAGUGGACACGAACAGUCUACAGACAGGUCCAGGCAGUCCGGCUCCCGGCAGAGAAGCGAGUCCUCCCAAAGACAUGCUGACUCUCCCAGGGGCACCACCAGAACAGGCUCCCGAGGGAGACAGGAGUCCCCAGCUGGCCACCAGUCACCAGAUGGACCCAGGCAUUCCACAUCAAGGAGGGAGAGACACCAGAGGGACAGCACCAGCCAGGCCAGUGACAGCGAAAGCCAUUCUGAAGGCUCAGAAGGCCAGGCAGUGGGAGCCCGUGGUCACUCCGGGGCCAGACAAAGGCACGAGCAGACAUCCUCCCGUGGGGAGAAAGGAACUGGACCCUACAGGGUGUACUACUACUCUGAGGAGGAACACGGCCACUCCGAGUCCGGCCACACACAGCAGCGGUCCAGUGGCAGAGCUCCCCAGGGCGCCCAGCAAGAACAAGGACGGGACAGCACCAGGACUGGAGGUUCUCACCAAGGACAGACUUCCUCUGACCACCAGGCAGGAUCCUCCCGUGGACAGACCAGAGACAGUGCUAGAGAGGGUCAGGGGUCCCACCGCGAGGCCGCGAGGGACAGCUCUGAGCACCACCAGUCCAGAAGGGACCAGGCCACCACCCAGGCAACUUCCGGAUCUAGCACCAGAAGGGGCCACGAAGACCGCCAUGAUGGUGCUGGACGCUCAGGAUCCAGGCAAGGGCAGAGAGCCUCCCGCACUGAAAGUGAUUCCUCCCAGGGUCAAGUAGGCCACAGGGCCACAGCAGGCAGGCAGCCAACUGGUCGCGAACAGUCUACAGACAGGUCCAGGCAGUCCGGCCACAGAGAAACAGCAAGAGGCCAUGCAAGUGGACACGAACAGUCUACAGACAGGUCCAGGCAGUCCGGCUCCCGGCAGAGAAGCGAGUCCUCCCAAAGACAUGCUGACUCUCCCAGGGGCACCACCAGGACAGGCUCCCGAGGGAGACAGGAGUCCCCAGCUGGCCACCAGUCACCAGAUGGACCCAGGCAUUCCACAUCAAGGAGGGAGAGACACCAGAGGGACAGCACCAGCCAGGCCAGUGACAGCGAAAGCCAUUCUGAAGGCUCAGAAGGCCAGGCAGUGGGAGCCCGUGGUCACUCCGGGGCCAGACAAAGGCACGAGCAGACAUCCUCCCGUGGGGAGAAAGGAACUGGACCCUACAGGGUGUACUACUACUCUGAGGAGGAACACGGCCACUCCGAGUCCGGCCACACACAGCAGCGGUCCAGUGGCAGAGCUCCCCAGGGCGCCCAGCAAGAACAAGGACGGGACAGCGCCAGGACUGGAGGUUCUCACCAAGGACAGACUUCCUCUGGCCACCAGGCAGGGUCCUCCCGUGGACAGACCAGAGACAGUGCUAGAGAGGGUCAGGGGUCCCACCGCGAGGCCGCGAGGGACAGCUCUGAGCACCACCAGUCCAGAAGGGACCAGGCCACCACCCAGGCAACUUCCGGAUCUAGCACCAGAAGGGGCCACGAAGACCACCAUGAUGGCGCUGGACGCUCAGGAUCCAGGCAAGGCCAGAGAGCCUCCCACACUGAUAGUGAUUCCUCCCAGGGUCAAGUAGGCCACAGGGCCACAGCAGGCAGGCAGCCAACUGGUCGCGAACAGUCUACAGACAGGUCCAGGCAGUCCGGCCACAGAGAAACAGCAAGAGGCCAUGCAAGUGGACACGAACAGUCUACAGACAGGUCCAGGCAGUCUGGCUCCCGGCAGAGAAGCGAGUCCUCCCAAAGACAUGCUGACUCUCCCAGGGGCACCACCAGAACAGGCUCCCGAGGGAGACAGGAGUCCCCAGCUGGCCACCAGUCACCAGAUGGACCCAGGCAUUCCACAUCAAGGAGGGAGAGACACCAGAGGGACAGCACCAGCCAGGCCAGUGACAGCGAAAGCCAUUCUGAAGGCUCAGAAGGCCAGGCAGUGGGAGCCCGUGGUCACUCCGGGGCCAGACAAAGGCACGAGCAGACAUCCUCCCGUGGGGAGAAAGGAACUGGACCCUACAGGGUGUACUACUACUCUGAGGAGGAACACGGCCACUCCGAGUCUGGCCACACACAGCAGCGGUCCAGUGGCAGAGCUCCCCAGGGCGCCCAGCAAGAACAAGGACGGGACAGCGCCAGGACUGGAGGUUCUCACCAAGGACAGACUUCCUCUGGCCACCAGGCAGGGUCCUCCCGUGGACAGACCAGAGACAGUGCUAGAGAGGGUCAGGGGUCCCACCGCGAGGCCACGAGGGACCGCUCUGAGCACCACCAGUCCAGAAGGGACCAGGCCACCACCCAGGCAACUUCCGGAUCUAGCACCAGAAGGGGCCACGAAGACCGCCAUGAUGGCGCUGGACGCUCAGGAUCCAGGCAAGGCCAGAGAGCCUCCCACACUGAUAGUGAUUCCUCCCAGGGUCAAGUAGGCCACAGGGCCACAGCAGGCAGGCAGCCAACUGGUCGCGAACAGUCUACAGACAGGUCCAGGCAGUCCGGCCACAGAGAAACAGCAAGAGGCCAUGCAAGUGGACACGAACAGUCUACAGACAGGUCCAGGCAGUCCGGCUCCCGGCAGAGAAGCGAGUCCUCCCAAAGACAUGCUGACUCUCCCAGGGGCACCACCAGGACAGGCUCCCGAGGGAGACAGGAGUCCCCAGCUGGCCACCAGUCACCAGAUGGACCCAGGCAUUCCACAUCAAGGAGGGAGAGACACCAGAGGGACAGCACCAGCCAGGCCAGUGACAGCGAAAGCCAUUCUGAAGGCUCAGAAGGCCAGGCAGUGGGAGCCCGUGGUCACUCCGGGGCCAGACAAAGGCACGAGCAGACAUCCUCCCGUGGGGAGAAAGGAACUGGACCCUACAGGGUGUACUACUACUCUGAGGAGGAACACGGCCACUCCGAGUCCGGCCACACACAGCAGCGGUCCAGUGGCAGAGCUCCCCAGGGCGCCCAGCAAGAACAAGGACGGGACAGCGCCAGGACUGGAGGUUCUCACCAAGGACAGACUUCCUCUGGCCACCAGGCAGGGUCCUCCCGUGGACAGACCAGAGACAGUGCUAGAGAGGGUCAGGGGUCCCACCGCGAGGCCGCGAGGGACAGCUCUGAGCACCACCAGUCCAGAAGGGACCAGGCCACCACCCAGGCAACUUCCGGAUCUAGCACCAGAAGGGGCCACGAAGACCGCCAUGAUGGCGCUGGACGCUCAGGAUCCAGGCAAGGCCAGAGAGCCUCCCACACUGAUAGUGAUUCCUCCCAGGGUCAAGUAGGCCACAGGGCCACAGCAGGCAGGCAGCCAACUGGUCGCGAACAGUCUACAGACAGGUCCAGGCAGUCCGGCCACAGAGAAACAGCAAGAGGCCAUGCAAGUGGACACGAACAGUCUACAGACAGGUCCAGGCAGUCUGGCUCCCGGCAGAGAAGCGAGUCCUCCCAAAGACAUGCUGACUCUCCCAGGGGCACCACCAGAACAGGCUCCCGAGGGAGACAGGAGUCCCCAGCUGGCCACCAGUCACCAGAUGGACCCAGGCAUUCCACAUCAAGGAGGGAGAGACACCAGAGGGACAGCACCAGCCAGGCCAGUGACAGCGAAAGCCAUUCUGAAGGCUCAGAAGGCCAGGCAGUGGGAGCCCGUGGUCACUCCGGGGCCAGACAAAGGCACGAGCAGACAUCCUCCCGUGGGGAGAAAGGAACUGGACCCUACAGGGUGUACUACUACUCUGAGGAGGAACACGGCCACUCCGAGUCCGGCCACACACAGCAGCGGUCCAGUGGCAGAGCUCCCCAGGGCGCCCAGCAAGAACAAGGACGGGACAGCGCCAGGACUGGAGGUUCUCACCAAGGACAGACUUCCUCUGGCCACCAGGCAGGGUCCUCCCGUGGACAGACCAGAGACAGUGCUAGAGAGGGUCAGGGGUCCCACCGCGAGGCCGCGAGGGACAGCUCUGAGCACCACCAGUCCAGAAGGGACCAGGCCACCACCCAGGCAACUUCCGGAUCUAGCACCAGAAGGGGCCACGAAGACCGCCAUGAUGGCGCUGGACGCUCAGGAUCCAGGCAAGGCCAGAGAGCCUCCCACACUGAAAGUGAUUCCUCCCAGGGUCAAGUAGGCCACAGGGCCUACUUGGCAGGCAGGCAGCCAACUGGUCGCGAACAGUCUACAGACAGGUCCAGGCAGUCCGGCCACAGAGAAACAGCAAGAGGCCAUGCAAGUGGACACGAACAGUCUACAGACAGGUCCAGGCAGUCCGGCUCCCGGCAGAGAAGCGAGUCCUCCCAAAGACAUGCUGACUCUCCCAGGGGCACCACCAGAACAGGCUCCCGAGGGAGACAGGAGUCCCCAGCUGGCCACCAGUCACCAGAUGGACCCAGGCAUUCCACAUCAAGGAGGGAGAGACACCAGAGGGACAGCACCAGCCAGGCCAGUGACAGCGAAAGCCAUUCUGAAGGCUCAGAAGGCCAGGCAGUGGGAGCCCGUGGUCACUCCGGGGCCAGACAAAGGCACGAGCAGACAUCCUCCCGUGGGGAGAAAGGAACUGGACCCUACAGGGUGUACUACUACUCUGAGGAGGAACACGGCCACUCCGAGUCCGGCCACACACAGCAGCGGUCCAGUGGCAGAGCUCCCCAGGGCGCCCAGCAAGAACAAGGACGGGACAGCGCCAGGACUGGAGGUUCUCACCACGGACAGACUUCCUCUGACCACCAGGCAGGAUCCUCCCGUGGACAGACCAGAGACAGUGCUAGAGAGGGUCAGGGGUCCCACCGCGAGGCCGCGAGGGACAGCUCUGAGCACCACCAGUCCAGAAGGGACCAGGCCACCACCCAGGCAACUUCCGGAUCUAGCACCAGAAGGGGCCACGAAGACCGCCAUGAUGGUGCUGGACGCUCAGGAUCCAGGCAAGGCCAGAGAGCCUCCCACACUGAAAGUGAUUCCUCCCAGGGUCAAGUAGGCCACAGGGCCACAGCAGGCAGGCAGCCAACUGGUCGCGAACAGUCUACAGACAGGUCCAGGCAGUCCGGCCACAGAGAAACAGCAAGAGGCCAUGCAAGUGGACACGAACAGUCUACAGACAGGUCCAGGCAGUCCGGCUCCCGGCAGAGAAGCGAGUCCUCCCAAAGACAUGCUGACUCUCCCAGGGGCACCACCAGAACAGGCUCCCGAAGAAGACAGGAGUCUCCAGUUGGACACCAGUCACCAGAUGGCAACAAUCAUUCCACAUCAAGGACAGGGAGAUACCAUGGAGACAGCGCCAGCCAGGACAGUGACAGCGAAGGCCCUUCAGAAGUCACAGUUGGGCACAGGUAUGCUUCUGCGAAACAGGGGAGUACCAGAUCUAAUUCAGGCUUCAUGAGAUCGAUUCCGGACUACCUUGCUAUGACUAGCACAACUCACACAGUAAUGCAGCUUGACAGGGUGUUUGGGAAGCACAAAAGUGUCGGAGACCCUUGCUUCGGAUAUGUGUCUGACAACAGCAGCCCCUACAAUGUUCCAAAGGAUGAACGUCUUAAUGGCAUUGUCCUUGGUCACACACUCCUGAACCCCCACAGCCGAGAUGUCCUGCCAGCAGAGCCAGCAGCAGUGCCAGCCCCCUCCCAAGUGCACCCCCAAGUGCCCUCCCAAGUGCCAGACACCAAAGUGUCCCCCAAAGUGUCCUCCUAA